AUGCGUUCAGCCCUGAAAUUGAACGUUCCAUGCUUGAUCUGGGAGUGGGACGCUAAACGACACUUGAGGGUUUUAGAGCACGAUAUCGGAGCGCUGCUGCUCGCCUUGCUUGCUAAUGACGCUUCAGGUCAGUUUGUUAGUGAGUUUAACUCUCUUGCUUGUUCUGGGUUUACUGUCAAGACCUUGUUUGAUCUCGACAAGCACUCGGUAAAUGCCUUUGGCUUGUAUAUGGACCUGCGGAACAAGUUUGUGUUGGCGCUCGAUUCUAGUGGCAAUCGUAUAUGGAAGCUGAGACUGCCACUCUCGCACGCUACUGACGAUCCUCAUACCCUUGGGGAGCGUCUGGAAGAGGCGCCACUCGCUGCACGGGGAAUUCUCGACUGGAAUAGCAGCUUGGAAGCUCUUGCCGGUUCACUUGUGGGGCAGUCCGGCUAUGUCGACGGCCCCGCGGCAAAGUCACUUUUUAAUCGCCCACAAAGCCUUGCUAUUUGUGACAAUGGCACGGUCCUUGGGUGGAUACGAGGAACUUGGCUAUACGCAAAAUCAGCAAGGAUGGCGAAGUGACCACCAUUGCCGGAGGUAGAUUACAUUUUAUCUUUCAAAAAAGAGAAAAUGAAGGAAUUUAGGGCUUGUUGAUUUCA